AUGGCUUCUGAACCCACCCCCCCUAAAGGGGGUAUGUCCUUGUAUGCCAACCUACUCAAUCCUUCUAUUGAUACGCCUGGUAUCAUUUCCCGUGCCCCAGUUGUUUUUAAGCAGUCGGAAACCGAACAUCAAUCCGAUGACGCGACCGCGGUCGCAGUCGCAGCUGCUAAGAAGCAACAACUGAAUCCUGCUUCUCUUCGGUUCCAACCUCCCAAAAGACCACAGCGUUCAGCCCAGAAGCCCAAACCGAAACACCAUUUACCCAAGGCCGUGCCACAGGUCCAGGCCUCGGCCAACCAAGCUCCAAAGACCACUUUGGCUGAUUGGACCGCCGUGGAAGAUGGUGGCUAUGAAUACACGCGGGAGAAGCGACAACGUGGUGGAAGAAAGAAGCGCAAGAAGAACGUUGAAACGCAUGCUGUCCAGAACUGGGAUGAUGUCUACGACAUUUCUCGACCUACCGCUAAACUGGUGUACCGCCCUAGUGAGGAGAAGAACGGUGAAGUCCGCGAGUGGAAGGAUCGCUUGUAUGCGCAUGUUAGAAAGCGUUCACCAAGCACAUUUUCAGAUAGCGAGGAUGAUGAUCGGCCAAAGAAGCGUAUGUUCAGUUCUUCUGCGAAUGGUGACGACCUUCAGACUAACAAGAUACUACCAGGACAAUUUGCUCCUCCCAGCAACUUUGCGCCGCCGUCAAACCUUAACGUUGUGCCACCACUAGCUUCGAUCCCCAAUGACCAAUCGGGCGAGGAUGCAUUUGCUCGACGUGCAGGAUUAGGGCAACAACUCCCCACCACGCAUCAACCUCAAACCCAGGAUUCUAACCAAAUUUCCGAAAACACACCCACCCUUCCACCACCCCCAGAAGACAUCCCAGCGCCCAAAGCCGAACUUGAAGCUGUAUUGGCUCAAGAGCAGCCGGUGGAGGAGAACGAAGGACCAGAUGAGUCCGCGCCACGAUCCCUUCGUCCCGGACAACACGGUUUCGCAGAACGACUGCUUUCGAAGUAUGGCUGGACUCGGGGAUCUGGCCUCGGUGCCACUGGUUCUGGUAUGGUGAACCCUCUGCAUGUCAAGAUUGAGAAGCGCAAGAAGCGACCAGAUUCAGAGGGUGGUGGCUUUGUCACGCCUGCUGGGCGAGGUAAAAUCAUCGGAACCAACGAGAAAAGUGAAUACGAAACUAGCAAGUUUGGCCCUAUGAGCGAAGUGGUCAUUCUCCGAGGAAUGCUUGACGGCAUGGAUCUAGAUGCCGAGAUGGAGGGAAGCAAUGAUGGUGGUUUGAUGCAGGAGAUUGGAGAGGAAUGUAAUGAGAAGUAUGGAAACGUGGAGCGAGUCUUCAUCGCUCGCGACAUCGGGACCCCAGUCCCGGUCUUUGUCAAAUUCCGCGAUCCCUUGUCUGCUCUACGGGCCGUGAACGCGCUCGAAGGCCGGAUUUUCAAUGGCAACAAAAUCGCCGCACGAUUUUUCGAGACCGAAAAAUUCGACCAGGGGAUCUACACGGACUAG